UAUAGCGUGGGAUUGGACCGCCUUGGGAUUCUUGGGAACAGUGGGCACGGUUUUCUUGAGUUUUCCAGCACGGUUGCUCCAGUCGUCCGACGGUCCGACGGUCCGAGUCGUUCGCCACAUUUGGUUCUUUUACUUACUUUAGACAUCUCUUCUCCCUUUCAUUUCGCUAAUAUAAUAAGCACAUUACGGUACAAAAUGACGGAAGCUAUAAAUGUCGUGAUUACUGGUGCUGCCGGGCAAAUUGCCUAUUCUCUGCUGUACCAGAUUGCAGCUGGUACAGUUUUUGGCCCACAACAACCCAUCAAUCUCCGAUUACUGGAUAUUCCACCCAUGAUGAAAGUAUUGGAUGGCGUGGUGAUGGAACUGCAAGAUUUAGCGCUUCCUCUCUUGCGUGAGGUUUUGCCAACGGCCGAGCCAGCCAAGGCCUUUGAAGACGUAGCGGCUGCUUUUCUGGUUGGCGCGAUGCCAAGAAAGGAAGGAAUGGAACGUAAAGAUCUUUUGGCCGCAAAUGUAGAUAUUUUCAAGGUGCAAGGCGAAGCACUGGAUAAACAUGCCCGUAAGGAUGUCAAGGUGCUAGUCGUAGGAAAUCCUGCCAACACUAACGCGCUUAUCUGUUCGCAUUACGCACCGUCUAUCCCGAAGGAGAAUUUUACCGCAAUGACCAGACUGGAUCAGAAUAGAGCACAGGCAGCGUUAGCCGUACGAAUGAACGUGCAGGUUGAUCGAGUGAAGAAUGUCAUCAUCUGGGGUAAUCACAGCUCUACGCAAUAUCCGGACGCAGCGCAUGCGACUGUAGCGCUUCUGUCCGGUGUAAAAGCAGUUCCGUCCGAGAUCAACGAUAACGAGUGGUUGAACAACACCUUCGUCGAAACCAUUCAAAAGCGCGGCGCUGCCGUAAUAGCUGCGAGAAAGAUGUCCUCUGCCAUGUCCGCUGCUAAAGCCGCUGGAGAUCAUAUGAGAGACUGGUGGUUCGGUACUAAGCCCGGAGAGUGGGUUAGCAUGGGCGUUGUGUCCGACGGGAGUUAUGGCAUCCCAAAAGAUAUUGUCUUUUCCUUUCCUGUCACUAUCAAGGACAAGCGGUAUGAGAUUGUGCAAAAUCUCCCGAUUAGCAACAUUGCAAAGUCAAAGCUGGAUAUUACAUGUAAGGAAUUGGAGGAAGAACGUGCCGAGGCAAAGAAUGUACUGAAAAAGUGACUAGUAACGUCAGUGCCAAGCAAUGAGAUGCAAUUGAGUUUUGUCUCGGCAAAAUUGUAAAAUAUUAAGUGACGGAUGCUCACGUGCCGUUACACAUCUACUUGAUACAUAUGUAUACAUGGGCGUUCCAAAAGUUGGAAAAUUCUAUUCUAUAUAGAGUUUCCUUGUACAUUUUAUAUCUCAAACGAAGGGUGGUAUGCAGCUUUUUUUAUUCAAAUUUUGGAACGCCGUAUAAUAUGUAAUGUAAAAUGUCAUAUAUGCAAUUAUGUAUAUAAAAUGGUAUACAUAAUACUAUAUAUGUAUUAUAGACUUUGUAAAGCUUGUAACAAAGGUGUCGAUUGGGAAAUAUAUUAUACUUUACAGGA